CUCUGCGUGCGCUCUCUUACCUUUCUACCCUCACCCUCAUUCCCCGUACAUGCUAUAUCUGUUCUCCCCCCGUGCUGUCAAUAUCCAUCCGACAUGGUCCUCCAGGAUCUCGGGCGGCGAAUCAACGCCGCCGUCAAUGACCUGACUCGGUCCAGCAACCUGGACGAGAAGGCCUUUGAUGACAUGAUCAAGGAGAUCUGCGCCGCCCUGCUGUCCGCCGACGUCAACGUUCGCCUCGUCCAGACCCUCCGCAAAUCCAUCAAGGCCAGCGUCAACUUCGCCUCGCUCCCCCCCGCCGUCAACAAGAAGCGCCUGAUCCAGAAGGCCGUCUUCGACGAGCUGGUUGCCCUCGUCGACCCCCAUGCCGAGCCCUUCCGCCCCAAGAAGGGCCGCUCCAACGUCAUCAUGUUCGUCGGUCUGCAGGGUGCUGGUAAGACCACCACCUGCACCAAGCUGGCCCGCCACUACCAGAUGCGCGGCUUCAAGACCGCCCUCGUCUGCGCCGAUACCUUCCGUGCCGGUGCCUUCGACCAGCUGAAGCAGAACGCCACCAAGGCCAAGAUCCCCUACUACGGUAGCCUGACCCAGACCGACCCCGCCAUCGUCGCCGCCGAGGGUGUCGCCAAGUUCAAGAAGGAGCGCUUCGAGAUCAUCAUCGUCGACACCAGUGGUCGCCACAAGCAGGAGGAGGAGCUCUUUACCGAGAUGACCCAGAUCCAGACCGCCGUCACCCCGGACCAGACCAUCCUCGUCCUCGACAGCACCAUCGGUCAGGCCGCCGAGGCCCAGUCCUCCGCCUUCAAGGCCACCGCCGACUUCGGUGCCAUCAUCAUCACCAAAACCGACGGCCACGCCGCCGGCGGUGGUGCCAUCUCCGCCGUCGCCGCCACCCACACUCCCAUCAUCUACCUCGGAACCGGUGAGCAUCUGAUGGACCUGGAACGCUUCGACCCCAAGGCCUUCAUUCAGAAGCUGCUCGGCAUGGGGGACAUGGCCGGUCUGGUCGAGCACGUCCAGGCCGUGACCAAGGACUCCGCCUCCGCCAAGGAAACCUACAAGCACAUCUCCGAAGGCAUCUACACGCUGCGCGAUUUCCGCGAGAACAUCACCUCCAUCAUGAAGAUGGGCCCCCUCUCCAAGCUCUCCGGCAUGAUCCCCGGCCUCUCCAACCUGACCGCAGGUCUCGACGACGAGGAUGGCUCCAUGAAACUCCGUCGCAUGAUCUACAUCUUCGACAGCAUGACCGCGGCCGAGCUUGACGGCGACGGCAAGAACUUCGUCGACCAGCCCAGCCGCAUGGUCCGCAUCGCCUGCGGCAGCGGCACCACCGUCCGCGAGGUCGAGGACGUCCUCUCCCAGCACCGCAUGAUGGCCGGCAUGGCCAAGCGCGUCGGCGGCCAGAAGAAGCAGAUGCAGCGCGCCCAGAACAUGCUCAAGGGCGGCAACAAGGAGCAGCAGCUCGCCGCCAUGCAGAAGCGUAUGGCCGCCAUGGGCGGCGCCGGCGGUCCCGGCGGCGGUGGCGGUUUCCCUGGCAUGCCCGGCAUGGGCGAUAUGGCCAAGAUGAUGCAGAUGCUCGGCGGCGGCCAGGGCGGUGGUGCCGGCGGCGGCGGGAUGCCUGGGCUCGGCGGCAUGGAUCUCCAAAGUAUGAUGAGCCAGAUGGGUGGGUUGAUGGGUGGACUGGGCGGAGGCGGUGGCCGUGGUCGGGGACGGUGAUGAUGAUGACUUUUCACCUUUCUUUUCCUUUUCCUUUUCUCGUCCUUGAUCAUGCUCAUGCUCAUGUUCCUUUUAUUAUAUCUCUCCUUACUUGAUGACUCGCUUCUGUGCCCCUAUUUACUAGCCUCCGGUACGGCACACGAUUCACGUCGACUGUACUAGCAUAUUAUGGUGUUUGGCGCGUUUCAAACUUUCUUUUUUCUUGUCCCAAACUUUCUUUCUCUGUCCAUUCUUUUUAUUUUGAGGUUUUUUUUUUUUUUU